CUUUCAGGGAACGAGCCCCUCAGCUCCCAUUUGGGGCGGCAACGCCGCCCCUUAGGCAAAGCCUCAGUCCCUUGGAGCCUUUUUACCAGCUGGCCCUACUGUUGCUGCCACUGGCUCUAACAAUCCUUCUCAGCCAAGGCCAGGCUGAGGGAGAAGGACUCCGGGGUUGAGGGUGACAAGAGGCCAGGGGAACCAGCAUGCCAGGCAACCAGGAUGCUUACAAAAUCUGUGUGUUGGGAUUAGGACAGAGCCCUGUACCACAGAAGAGCUCUGUGUACCAGAAAGAGGACUGAGGGCACCGCUCGCACUGGAAUACUGGGUUCCAGUCAGGUCCCCGAUUUGGCGAAGUGUCUUUUUAACCUGCAGAAGGAACGCAUUGCUGGUCCUACAGGCUGUGUCUUCCUCCUGAUUUCAUCCAGAGAGUUGUGGUUGUCCCUUAGCUCCCCAGGGACAGCCCUCAUCCUCUGUUUCCAUGCACACCUCCAGCUAAUGGCUAAGAAGACGUGAGGAGCCAAGCUUAGAUGUAGGCUCUGGACUGAGCACGCCACAGCCAGGUAGAAGAGGCUGAGUGUCCUCUUGGCCUGCUGCUGAUGCCUGCAGCUGCUGCGGCCACACUGUGCACAGAAGGCAGUCUUGACCACCGGCCACAGCUGGCCUCAGAUCUCCCACGCUGACUGUUAGGUCUCUAACCACUGGUCUAGUCCACCCCAUCCACUUCCCUCCUGGAUUCAAGGCAAUGUUGCCUGUAAACAAGGACCAGGUACUGCUACAGAACACAGUACCUCCAGGGUGUCCCCCUCAGGUCCUCUCACAGUUUGUGAAUUCCCCUCCCCCCAACUUAGCAUCUCUUUGUCCCCCUCCGACCCUCCCUUCUUCCCACUUUCCUCUGCCCACCCCCCCACAGGCUUAUUUCUUCUCUUCUUUGACACAGACUCACUCUCCUGGGCCUCACUUCUCUUCGGAUUCAAUUUCUGACUUUGUUCCUCCUCGCUCUUCUAGUCACCCAAGAUCCUCUUCUUGCUUUGGCCAAAACUAUACUUAUUUUGGUGAAAAACUCCCUUCUCCACACUCCAUCUCUCCCUCCAACUAUCAGCUCUGUGUCUCUCCCCCUCUCACAGGCUACUCCUCUCUUUCCCAGCUACAACACUCCUCUCCUCACUCCUGUCAGUCCCCUUCCCACCUCCAGGACUUACAAAGCCCCAAGAUCACUUCCCCGGGCCUCAGCUCACCUUCUCCAAGGAUUCAGAAUAACAAGCAAACAUGGCAGUGGCCUCAGUCCGGAAGCAUCAAGUCUUCUCGGGGGGCAGGGGGAUGUGUGCCAAGCAAGGUGGACCCUGCAGAAUUCAAGGACUCAGGGACCCUCACCCAAACCCUGGUGGACCAUGUGGGGCGCCGCAGAAUUGCACGAGACCUGCAGAUACAGUUUCUGCAGCGCCUGUGGCUCGGCACACCCGGCCAUGCCCCAGUCGUGGAGUACCCCAUAUGUCUAGUGUGCCUCCAGAUCCGCACCCCAUCUUGUCCCACCCCCAAGUACAAAACUAUACCCCAGCUGCUUGCCUUCCCUCAACUACUACCCUGUGCCAAGGGCCAGGAAUCUGGGCCUCUCCGAAUAGGAAUUGGCUUCGGCCUCCGCCUGCCUCGGGGCCAGGCCAGGGCUUUGCAUCUGCUGCCCCCAAAAAACUCUACUCCGGGGGGAGUAGAGCCUCAGGAAGAGGCCCUCCAGCGACAAAAAUCCACAAUCCAAGAAUCAGUUCAAAUCACCGGCACACUCUUCCAGGCCAGGAGCCUCCGGUCUGUAGAUCUUCAAUCACCAAAACCCAGCCAGUGUUCCAGGUCUCUACUUCAGGAACCAAGACAGGUCGCUGUAUCCCCAAAGGCCGGGCCUUCAGUCUCAAAGAGGUCUGUGACUCUAGGGUCUAUUCUCCGAAAGUCGCCAUCUUAAUCCCAGAGCAGCGGAGACCCUCUGGAACACCACCUCCAAACUCUACCUUCCCUACCAGGACUUCUCAGACCUUGGAGGGCUGGCUGGCUGGAAGCCAGGUGUGUUCUCCUGCCCUGAACCCUGGGAACCCCUUGUGGAGUUUGCUCUCCCCUAGUUGAAGAGACCAGAGGCACCCAAGGCCUCAUUUAGCCUUCAGUGUAUCCAAUAAAGCUUAACUCUGAGAAUCUU